CUGUGCGCCGCCAGGAUGGCCGGGCCAUGACGGCGGGCACAGGUUGCGUGCGGCUGUGGGGCGCUGCGCGGUGGUGGGCGCUGCGGCGGCCGCUGCUGGCCGCCGCGGGAGGGCGGGUCCCGACUGUGGCCGGAGCGUGGCUGCCCAGAAGCCGGCCGGCCUGCGACGCCUCGCCUCCCUGGGCGCUGUGGGGCAGAGGCCCCGCCACCGCGAGCCAGCGGCGGGGCCUCUGGGAGGCGAACAGCCGUGGCAGCGACGCCUUCUCGGGGAGCGAGGAUGCCUCCGAGGGCGGCGCUGAGGAUGGGGUCGCUGGCGCCGGGGGCAGCGCGGGCGGUGGAGAAGGCCCGGUCAUAACGGCGUUGACGCCCAUGACGAUCCCAGACGUGUUCCCUCACCUGCCGCUCAUCGCGGUCACCCGCAACCCGGUGUUCCCGCGUUUCAUCAAGAUUAUCGAGGUUAAAAAUAAGAAGUUGGUUGAGCUGCUAAGAAGGAAAGUCCGCCUGGCCCAGCCCUAUGCCGGUGUCUUUCUAAAGAGAGAUGACAACAACGAGGCCGACGUGGUCGAGAGCCUGGAUGAGGUCUACCACACGGGGACGUUUGUCCAGAUCCAUGAGAUGCAGGACCUUGGGGACAAGCUGCGCAUGAUCGUCAUGGGACAUAGGAGGAUCCACAUCAACAGAGAGUUGGAGGUGGAGCUGGAAGAGCCCGAGGCUGAAAACAAGCAGAAGGCCCGCCGGAAGCCCAAGAGAGUCAAGCAGGAGGCUGAGGGAGACGUGGGCCCCAAGCGCCAGAUGGAGGUGGUGAUGGAGCCCGCCUCGGGCCCCCUUGGCGAGGUGCUCAUGGUGGAGGUUGAGAACGUAGUCCACGAAGACUUCCAGGUCACGGAGGAAGUGAAGGCGCUGACUGCCGAGAUCGUGAAGACCAUCCGGGACAUCAUCGCCUUGAACCCGCUCUACAGGGAGUCUGUGCUGCAGAUGAUGCAGGCCGGCCAGAGGGUGGUGGACAACCCCAUCUACCUGAGUGACAUGGGUGCUGCGCUGACUGGAGCUGAGUCCCAUGAGCUGCAGGACGUCCUGGAGGAGACUAGCAUUCCUAAGCGGCUGUACAAGGCCCUCUCUCUCCUCAAGAAGGAGUUUGAACUCAGUAAGCUGCAGCAGCGCCUGGGCCGGGAGGUGGAGGAGAAAAUCAAGCAGACGCACCGCAAGUACCUCCUGCAGGAGCAGCUGAAGAUUAUCAAGAAGGAGCUGGGCCUGGAGAAGGAGGACAAGGACGCCAUCGAGGAGAAGUUCCGCGAGCGCCUCAAGGAGCUCGUGGUCCCCAAGCACGUGAUGGAUGUCGUGGACGAGGAGCUGAGCAAGCUGGGCUUGCUGGACAACCACUCCUCGGAGUUCAACGUCACCCGGAACUAUCUGGACUGGUUGACGUCCAUCCCGUGGGGCAAGCAGAGCGACGAGAACCUGGACCUGGCCCGGGCCCAGGCGGUGCUGGAGGAGGACCACUACGGGAUGGAGGACGUCAAGAAGCGCAUCCUGGAGUUCAUCGCCGUCAGCCAGCUCCGGGGCUCCACCCAGGGCAAGAUCCUCUGCUUCCACGGUCCGCCUGGCGUGGGCAAGACCAGCAUUGCCCGCUCCAUCGCCCGCGCCCUGAACCGCGAGUACUUCCGCUUCAGUGUUGGGGGCAUGACUGAUGUGGCCGAGAUCAAGGGGCACAGGCGGACAUACGUGGGUGCCAUGCCGGGGAAGAUCAUCCAGUGCCUGAAGAAGACCAAGACGGAGAACCCGCUGGUCCUCAUAGACGAGGUGGACAAGAUUGGCCGGGGCUUCCAGGGAGACCCCUCUUCAGCACUGCUUGAGCUGCUGGACCCUGAGCAGAAUGCCAACUUCCUGGACCACUACCUGGACGUGCCUGUGGACCUGUCCAAGGUGCUCUUCAUCUGCACUGCCAACGUCACUGAGACCAUCCCGGAGCCGCUGAGGGACCGGAUGGAGAUGAUCAGCGUGUCUGGCUACGUGGCCCAGGAGAAGCUCGCCAUUGCAGAGCGGUACCUGGUGCCGCAAGCCCGCACCCUGUGCGGUCUGGAUGAGAGCAAGGCCAGGCUGUCAUCAGACGUGCUGACCCUCCUCAUCAAGCAGUACUGCCGGGAGAGCGGCGUCCGCAACCUGCAGAAGCAGGUGGAGAAGGUGUUACGGAAAUCUGCCUACAAGAUCGUCAGUGGCGAGGCCGAGUUCGUGGAGGUGACACCUGAGAACCUGCAGGACUUCGUGGGGAAGCCCAUGUUCACUGUGGACCGCAUGUAUGACGUGACGCCUCCCGGUGUGGUCAUGGGGCUGGCCUGGACCGCCAUGGGAGGCUCUACGCUGUUUGUUGAGACGUCACUGAGGCGGCCGAGGGACAAGGACAAGGGGGACAAGGACGGAAGCUUGGAGGUCACAGGCCAGCUGGGGGAGGUGAUGAAGGAGAGUGCCCGCAUCGCCUACACCUUUGCCAGGGCUUUCCUGAUGCAGCACAACCCCUCCAACGAGUACCUGGUGACCUCCCACCUCCACCUGCACGUGCCCGAGGGCGCCACCCCCAAGGACGGCCCGAGCGCCGGCUGCACCAUCGUCACAGCCCUGCUCUCGCUGGCCAUGGACCGGCCAGUGCGGCAGAAUCUGGCCAUGACGGGCGAGGUCUCCCUCACAGGCAAGAUCCUGCCCGUGGGCGGCAUCAAGGAGAAGACCAUCGCCGCCAAACGCGCUGGCGUGACAUGCAUCCUCCUGCCCGCCGAGAACAAGAAGGACUUCUAUGACCUGGCUGCCUUCAUUACCGAGGGCUUGGAGGUCCACUUCGUGGAGCACUACCAUGAAAUCUUCGCCAUAGCCUUCCCUGAGGAGCAGGCCAAGGCUCUGGCCCCGGAGCGGUGACAGCAGCCUGGGUGUGGCUGGCACCGAGGGGCCCAGCAGGGCAGAGGCCCCAGGCAGCCGAGCCCCCCGAGGCUCAGGAACCUGACUUACAGCCUAAUCACUGAGCCUGGCAUAUGACUUAUUUAGCUAUGAUUAAAACACCAUUUCAAGUA